CAAAUUUUUCACCAUGCCGUGACCGGCAAUCCAAGAUUCUAAAUACAGACUUUGUCGAUAUUAAAAUAAAUUAUCAUCAUUAUCGAUAUGAAUCAAUCUGUCGUUCAAAUCAUCAAAAUUUGUAGCAAUUCUAGUCAACCAUUUCUGUAUCGGUCAACAGCCUAUUUAUUUCGACAAUCGAUUCGUUACAAAUUCAAGCGUUUUGGUGAUCGGCCCGUUGGUGAAUCAUUAAAAAUCUUGGAUCGCGAAUAUCGAACAGAUGAAUGGACUAAUAUACCAAACAAGGUGAUCGAUCUGAUUGAACGACCUGAUCCAUUGUACAAAACACUGGGCAAUCCAAUUUAUUUGAUAGCCGAAUCAUUACGUCAACAUUAUAAUGAUUUUGAAUGUUUUCAUUAUCCUGAUCCAGUUGUGACCACUUGGCAAAAUUUCGAUUCUAUUCUCGUGCCUAGCAAUCAUGUAUCGCGAUCGAAAGCAGAUACAUUCUAUGUUGAUAGACAACACGUUCUUCGUUCUCAUACUUCGGCUCACCAAAGUGAAUGUUUCAAACAUCUGAAAAAUGUAGCAAAUCAAGCAUCAUAUGAUCCGAAAUUCAUGAUAAUUGGCGAUGUUUAUCGACGAGAUGAAGUGAAUCGUACUCAUCAUGCUGCUUUUCAUCAGGCAGAAAUUGUUCAACUCUAUUCCGAACAACAUUGCCGGAUGACAACCAGUUUAUUUGAUGAAUCAAACAAAAAUCGAACCAAUUAUUGUCAAGAACGACAUAAUUUGGAUGCCAUUCGAAUUGUGGAAAAUGAGCUGAAAUCUCAAGUUGAAUCUUAUAUACAUCUAUUGUUCGAUUCUAAAGAUGGUGAUCCAAUACAAAUGCGUUGGAUACCUGCUUAUUUUCCAUUCACUCACCCAAGCUGGGAGCUUGAAAUUCAACUACCUCGCAAAAAUUUCACCGAUGGUGAUAAUGAAGAUCUAGAUAAUUCGGAAUGGUUAGAAAUGCUUGGUUGUGGUAUAGUCGAACAAAGCAUACUUGAUCGUGAUGGUCAUUCAAAUCGAAUCGGUUGGGCCUUAGGAUUCGGUCUUGAACGGUUAGCAAUGCUAUAUUAUUCCAUACCAGAUAUUCGUCUAUUCUGGACACGAGAUACCGGUUUUUCUGUCCAAUUUGACCGAUUAAAGCCUUUCGAACGAUAUCAAUAUCAAACUAUAUCGACGUAUCCACAGAAAAUUUUUGACAUUUCAUUCUGGCUUCCAUUAGAAUGUGUUGAAUGGUCAGCCAAUGAUGUUCAUGCUAUUAUAUUAGAAAUAGGAGGCCAUCUAGUCGAACAAGCACACCUAAUGGAUGAAUGGAUUAGACCGAAAGAUGGCCGUAGAUCCAAUUGUUAUCGGAUUGUAUAUCGUAGCCAUGAACGUGCCUUAACUAACGAUGAAGUAAAUCUUAUACAUCAUCGAAUCGAAGAAACAUUGGUAAAAGAAUUGAAUGUCGAAAUACGUUGAUAUAUUCUUUAUUUUUUUUAAAUUUUAUUUUAAUUAAAAUAACA